GUUGUGGCAAGUGGAGGUCAAAUGACAUAUGCACCUCCUUCCUAUCAAACUGCUCCUAUGGUGGCUUCUGGAACUCCUGCUGUGGCCGUCCCUUCCCCAACACAGCCCCCUGCCGCUUUCUCUAAUUCCUCACAUCAGAUUGCCUACCAGCAAGCCCAGCAUUUCCACAACCAACAGCAGCAGCAACAACAGCAGCAGCUUCAAGUGUUCUGGGCCAACCAAAUGCAAGAUAUUGAACAAGCAUCUGACUUCAAGAAUCACAGCCUUCCACUUGCAAGAAUUAAGAAAAUAAUGAAAGCUGAUGAGGAUGUUCGAAUGAUAUCUGCUGAGGCUCCAGUGAUAUUUGCAAAGGCAUGUGAAAUAUUCAUCCUGGAGCUGACUUUGCGCUCAUGGAUUCACACAGAAGAGAACAAAAGGAGGACGUUACAAAAGAAUGAUAUUGCAGCUGCUAUUUCGAGGACUGAUGUCUUUGAUUUUUUGGUUGAUAUUAUCCCAAGAGAUGAGUUGAAAGAAGAGGGACUUGGAGUGACUAAGGCUACAAUCCCGGUGGUGGGCUCCCCGGCAGAUAUGCCAUACUAUUAUGUACCACCACAACAUCCUGUGGGAGCUCCUGGGAUGAUCAUGGGGAAGCCAGUGGAUCAAGCGGCAAUCUAUGCUGCUCAACAGCCUCGACCACCUAUGGCUUUCAUGCCGUGGUCUCAGCCUCAACCUCAGCAGCCGCAGCAACAGCAACAGCAACAAGAAGCCCAACAUCAGCAGACAGAUACUUAAUAUGUUAAUGAUUCUGGCCAAGCUGUUCUCAAAGCUAUUUCCAGGCAUAGCUUCUUAAUUGUUAGAGAUGAGUUUUAAUACCGUUGGAUUAGUUGGCGAUUGUGAUGCAGUGGAUUGUGCAGUGUGCUAAUGUGGUUGUAUUGUGUAUGUGCUUGUAUUGCAUCUGAUUCGAAAAUUUACCUUAAUUGUGUGUUUAUUAUCUCGGCCCUUUCUUAUUUGGCCUAGUUUGUUCUUGAAUUAGUUUGCUUCAGCAGAGGAUCAAGAGAGCUUUAGAAGCUUGAAAAUUGACUGAAAGUAUUUUUAUAGUGCUUUUGUUUGUUAUGAUGCUACUGUGGCUGCUGUG